AUGCAUAAUCCAUCAGCCCAUGUGGAGAGCAGCAAGAAACUACAAAACAUUUUCUGCAUCACUGCCGCACAUACACGCCCACACCAAGCUGGAGGGACGCGUAAACACAUGGGCCUAGACAUCGUGUGUACUGAUGGUGACACCGUGCUUGCACCAUUUCAUGUAAAAAUCAACGGACCUGCUUCCCCAUAUACAACUGGAGUAAAUGCAGCAAUCAACGAUGGACUUAACCUUAGCGGCCAGGGCCUGUGCUUCAAACUGUUCUAUGUGAAGCCAGUGGAGACUUCUGGCACGGUGGAGCAGGGACAGGAACUUGGGACCAUGCUGCCCAUGCAGGAAGUCUAUCCUGGGAUCACCUCACAUGUCCAUGUCCAGAUGUGUAACAAGUCUGACCCCACAAAGUACUUCUGAACCCGGGCAGUUACACUUUUACCCUUUUAUAUCCCCCAUAUUAGCAGGUUUCAACCCUCAGUCUCUGUCCAGUCCCCUCCACAUCCAAUUAAAUUGCUACUUCACUUGCAUGUGAUAUAGAAAUAACAGCGUUUCUUGUGUGGACACCCUGCCAGAUGUCAGUUUGCUUUGUUCCCUUCAAUCUAAUAAACUACACUUGUUCGCAGACAUGCCCAGUGAGACCGAUGACUUGUUGAGUUGCAUGAACAGAUGCUCCUCGACUUUCGAUGGUUUGACUUACAAUUUUUCGACUUUA